CUGGGGAUCCCUUGAGUCCAAACAGGGAGAGCAGCUAAUGUGUUCAGGGCGUGGGUAUUGGGGAGCCUGUGAGGCCAGUGAGGAAGGGGCAGAGGUGUUCCUGGUAAGGAGCUUAGGAGAGUCCCCUAGGACACUGGGAGGGGAAGAAGCAGGAGGGGGAAGGGACCAUCCAUAACUCCACCCUCCCUUGGCCAUCAGCCUCCCUCCCCCAGCCCUGAUGGGAACUAAAGGCCAAAGUCUGCCCCAAGGUCAAAAAAUUGAUUGUUUUGCAACAAAGGGGCAGGAGUGGGACUGUGGAAGGAUUGGCAGGGGAGGGCAGAGCCCCACGUCCGUCCUUUAGCCUGGGCCGGGGAGCCAUGUCUGGAAGGCUGGACUAAAGCCAGAACUGUGCCCCCACCCUGCAAGGGGGGGAGGUGAAGAAGGGCCUGGGCUCAGGCUGCCUGCCAGGACCGAUAAGGGGCCUCUUGGGGCUCCCACAAACGGUUUAUCACUGGGGUGGGGGACAGCCUCCAGGGCUCAAGAGGGGGCACGAGCAUGGAGCAGCUUGGGGGUCUACUCCGAAGAGCGCAAAGGUUGUCCCCAGGACCCUCUCAGACCAUCUACAAGCGUGUGGAGGGCAGCCAGCAGGGACGCCUGGAGGAGGAAGAGGAAGAGGGGGAGGAGGGGACUGAACCACCGGCCCACUUCUUCCCCAUGGAGCUGAGGGGCCCUGAGCCCGUGGGCUCUCGACCAGCUCGGCAAAAGCCUGGACUCUGGGCAGCAGCAGGACGGAGAGCAGCCCCCUACCUGGUCCUGACAGCCCUCCUGAUCUUCACUGGGGCCUUCCUCCUGGGCUACGUGGCCUUCCGGGGGUCGUGCCAGGCAUGCGGGGAUGACGUCAUGGUGGUCAGCGAGGACAUAAAUGAUGAGCUGAGCCCAGACUCUCACCAGGGCACGUUGUACUGGAGUGACCUCCAGGCCAUGUUCCUGCGGUUCCUGGGGGAGGGUCGUCUGGAAGACACCAUCAGGCAGACCAGUCUUCGGGAAAGGGUAGCCGGGUCGGCCGGAAUGGCAGCCCUGGCUCAGGACAUUCGCGCUGAGCUCUUGCGCCGGAGGCUGGACCACGUGUGGAUGGAUACGCACUACGUGGGCCUGCAGUUCCCAGAUCCGGCUCGCCCCAACACCCUGCACUGGGUUGAUGCCUCCGGGAAGCACGGGGAGCAGCUGCCACUGGAGGACCCCGACGUCUACUGCCCCUACAGCGCCACGGGCAACGCCACGGGAAAGCUGGUGUACGCCCACUACGGGCGGCCGGAGGACCUGCAGGAGCUGCGGGCUCGGGGUGUGGAGCCGGCAGGGCGCCUCCUGCUGGUGCGCUUGGGAGUGAUCAACUUUGCCCAGAAGGUGGCCAGUGCCCAGGACUUUGGGGCCCAAGGAGUGCUCAUAUAUCCGGACCCGGCAGACUUCUCCCAGGGCCCACACAAGCUCAGCCUGUCCAGUCACCGGGCUGUGUAUGGACAUGUGCACCUGGGGACGGGGGACCCCUAUACGCCUGGCUUCCCUUCCUUCAAUCAGACCCAGUUCCCUCCAGUCCAGUCCUCGGGUCUCCCAAGCAUCCCAGCCCAGCCCAUCAGUGCGGACAUUGCCUCCCUCCUUCUGAGGAAGCUUGAAGGCCCUGUGGCCCCCCAGGAAUGGCAGGGACACCUACCAGUCUCCCCUUAUCGCCUGGGCCCUGGGCCAGGCCUGCAUCUGGGGGUCAGCAACCACAGGGCCUCCACCCCAAUCAGUAACAUAUUUGGCUGCAUCGAGGGCCGCUCGGAGCCAGAUCAGUAUGUGGUCAUCGGGGCCCAGAGGGAUGCGUGGGGCCCAGGAGCGGCCAAGUCCGCUGUGGGGACCGCCAUACUGCUGGAGCUGGUGCGGACCUUUUCCUCCAUGGUGAGCAAUGGCUUCCAGCCCCGACGAAGUCUUCUCUUCAUCAGCUGGGAUGGUGGUGACUUCGGGAGUGUGGGCUCCAUGGAGUGGUUGGAGGGCUACCUCAGCGUGCUGCACCUUAAAGCCGUGGUCUAUGUGAGCCUGGACAAUGCAGUGCUGGGGGAUGACAAGUUUCACGCCAAGACCAGCCCCCUUCUCAUCGGCCUCAUUGAGAACGUUCUGAAGCAGGUGGACUCUCCCAACCGCAGUGGGCAGACCCUCUACGAGCAGGUGGUGGUCACCAACCACAGCUGGGAAGCCGAGGUGAUCCGGCCGCUGCCCAUGGACAGCAGCGCCUAUUCCUUCACGGCCUUUGCGGGGGUUCCUGCCGUUGAGUUCUCCUUCCUGGAGGACGGCCCGGCAUACCCGUUCCUGCACACAAAGGAUGACACCUAUGAGAACCUGCACAGAGUACUGCGGGGCCGCCUGCCCGCCGUGGCCCAGGCCGUGGCCCAGCUCGCCGGACAGCUCCUCAUCCGGCUCAGCCACGAUCACCUGCUGCCCCUCGACUUCGGCCGCUACGGGGACGUGGUCCUCAGGCACAUCGGCAGCCUCAACGAGUUCUCUGGGGACCUCAAGGCCCGCGGGCUGACCCUCCAGUGGGUGUACUCGGCGCGGGGGGACUACAUCCGGGCGGCCGAAAAGCUGCGGAAGGAGAUCUACAGCUCGGAGGAAAGCGACGAGAGGCUGAUGCGCAUGUACAACGUGCGCAUCAUGCGGGUGGAGUUCUACUUCCUGUCCCAGUACGUGUCGCCGGCCGACUCCCCGUUCCGUCACAUCCUCCUGGGUCGCGGAGACCACACGCUCCACGCGCUUCUGGACCACGUGCGGCUGCUGCGCGCCGGCGGCCCCGGGGCCACCUCCUCCCAGGUGGCAAGGGGCCUGGGUUUCCAGGAGAGCCGCUUCCGGCGCCAGCUGGCCCUGCUUACCUGGACGCUGCAGGGGGCAGCCAACGCGCUGAGCGGGGACGUCUGGAACAUCGAUAACAACUUCUGAGGCCCAUGGCGGGGUAUGGGGCGGGGGUUGGGAACAUGCCCCUGCCCCCUGGCAAGAGCCCUUGGUCUCUCUUGAGCGCUUCCUGGGUGACAGAGAUGCCUGUGCACCACCUCCCAUUGCUGACUAAUUUAUUAGUCCUUACCAUAACUCUCAGGGGCCCAGCGAUGACGCCAGCGCAGACACCUCCACAUCCCAGACCCAGGGUAAUAGGUGAGCAGUGCCUUCCAUAAUGGGAUGGUCAUACUGUCAGUUAAUCAGAGAGCAGCAUCUGCUCCUUCAAUCCCAGACCCUUCCUCUUCAGGAGAGGGGGUUCCCCCCAACAGCUAGAGACCACUAUGGAAGGUUUUGUAAGCCCUGGGACCUGGCCAUCCUUGGUAGGAAAGACUGCUGGGACCCUAGCGUUAUGGCCAACACGAGGCCUAUAGUGGGAGGGGCUGGCGUUUGAACCUCAAUAAACCACCUGUGGCAUCUGU